AUGGGGCAGCGCCCGGCGCUGCAGUUGAGUUCGAAACUCCCCCGGCCGCAAAGGUUCUCAGUUAGUCGUCGCCAAGCAGUCAAGGUGCAGGCUGUUUUCGAACGGUUUACGGAGCGGUCAAUUAAGACUGUCAUGAUUGCCCAAGCGGAAGCCAAGUCUUUCGGUCACAAUGAGGUGAACACAGAGCAUAUCCUCCUGGGUUUGGUAGCUGAGGAGAGCCUGAGCAAGAACGGCUACUUGAACAGCGGUGUGACGCCUGAACGCGCUAAAGCAACUGUGGAGGCAAUUUUUGGGCGCAAACGACCUGUUAGCCACGGUGAAAGCAUACCGUUCAGUCGCGAAGUUCGGAAAAUGUUCGAGGCUGCAACUCACGAGUGCAAACGCUCCAACGUCAACUGGAUAUCACCGGAGCACAUCUUGCUGGCUAUGCUCGCUAUGCCGGACUGCAAUGGGAAGCGCGUCCUUCACUCGCUGUCUGUGGACGUGGAUGGUCUUAAGGCUGAGGCCUCUAAGCGCCUCAAAGGCGAUACGGACGCGGAGCAGGCGAAGAAGAAGCAGGCACCUUUGAUGUAUCCUCCUCUCUCCUCUCCUCUCUCGGGUUCCCUCCACCAGGCCUCUGGUGCCAAAGAAGGUCCCAAGAUGACCGAGGAGUACUGCAAGGACCUGUGUGCGGAGGUUCGGGCGGGCAGGAUCGACCCGGUGGUGGGUCGCGAGCGGGAGGUGUCACGUGUCGUACAAAUUCUGGCGCGUCGUACUAAGAACAACCCCAUUCUGUUGGGCGAGCCCGGGGUAGGGAAAACCGCCAUCGCGGAAGGGCUUGCGUCAGCUAUCGUACAUCGUACGGCAUCCCUCGACGGCGCUCCGCUUCCUGAGUUUCUGCAUUCGAAGCGGAUUCUGCAGCUGGACGUAGGGCUGUUGAUUGCAGGUGCAAAGGAGCGUGGAGAGCUGGAGAGCCGUGUGACCAAGCUCAUCGCGGAGGUCAAGGAGGCGGGCAACAUCAUUCUCAUGAUCGACGAGAUCCACACGCUGGUGGGCGCCGGCAGCGUCGGUCGCGGCGGCGGCGGCGGCCUGGAUAUCGCCAACCUGGUGAAGCCUGCUCUGGCGCGAGGGGAGUUUCAGGUCAUUGGCGCUACGACAUUGGACGAGCACCGCAAAUACAUAGAACGCGACGCCGCCCUGGAGCGACGCUUCCAGCCCAUCACCGUUGACGAGCCCACGCCCGAGGCCACCCUGGCCAUCCUCAUGGGCCUGAAGGAGCGUUACGAGCGGCACCACCGCUGCGCCUAUACGGAGGAGGCGCUCGCGGCAGCUGUCACGCUCUCCCACAAGUACAUCGCGGACCGCUUCCUGCCUGACAAGGCCAUCGACCUCAUCGAUGAGGCCGGGUCGCGAGCCCGCAUCGCGGCGUUCACCGCCCGGCAGACACGCAGCCGGCAACAGGCCCGCAUGGCAUCAUUGGCUUUGUCACCAGGAUCCGGAUCUGGAUCUUCGUCGUACAGUCGGGAUCAUCCCAAGCUCCACGAGUAUUUACAGGUGGGGGGGAGAGAGUGUGAGGAUGAUGGAGGGUGCCACAAUGACUUUGCGUUACCCUGCCGUGAAUUGUCUGAGCUGGCGGGUCCCAGCUCUGACGGCUCGGUGUUGCCGGUAGUGGGGGUGGAGGACAUCGAGGCCAUUGUCUCCGCCUGGACAGCCAUUCCCGUGGAGAAGAUGAACGACGACGAGAAGGAGCGAUUGCUGAACAUGCGUUCCGAUUUGGGUCACCACGUGGUGGGUCAGGAGGACGCAGUGGAGUCCAUUGCCACUGCGCUGUGCCGAGCUAGGUGCGGACUGAAGGACCCGCGUCGCCCGGUUGCCUCGCUGCUGUUCGUCGGGCCCACAGGCGUGGGUAAGACCGAGCUGGCCAAGGUGCUCUCUGAGCAGUACUACGGCUCCAGGGACGCCCUCUUGCGACUGGACAUGUCCGAGUACAUGGAGCGGCACAGCGUGUCCAAGUUGGUCGGGGCCCCGCCGGGUUACGUUGGUUUCGGAGAGGGCGGAAAGCUGACGGAAGCGAUUCGGCGACGGCCCUUCAGUGUCGUACUGUUUGACGAGAUCGAGAAGGCACACCCCGAUGUGUUUGCGGUUCUGCUGCAAAUCCUGGAGGACGGCAGACUGACAGACUCGCAGGGCCGUACGGUGUCGUUCAAGCACGCCAUGAUCAUCCUGACCUCCAACAUCGGCUCUCGGGUCAUCGCCGCCGGCAGCGGUACCGCGGGCGGUGGUGUCGGUAGCGGCGGCGUGUUCUCCCGCGGCGCGGAUAUUGUGGGGGAUGACGACCGGCUGGCGGCACUGGCGUCACACAAGCUGAAACAGGAGGUCCUCGGAGAGGUCCGGAGCUUCUUCAGCCCCGAGCUACUGAACAGGUUUGACGAGACGGUGGUGUUCCAGCGGUUGCGUCGUGCUGACGUGGCCACCAUCGCGGGCCUUAUGAUGGAGGAGACGGUUGACCGCGCUGCGGAGCGUGGAUUGCAAGUCGAGGUGGCCCCGCCACUGAUGGAGCACAUCAUUGCGGAAGGGUACAGCGAGGAGUACGGCGCUCGUCCAUUACGGCAGGCGAUUGUACGAUUGGUGGAUGAUCCGCUGUCGGAUGCCGUACUGCACCGUAAGUUCGCGCCGGGCACUCGUCUGGUGUUGUCGCUGAACUCCGACGGCGUCGUCACCGCCCGUACGGCAGAGGAGGAGGAGGCAGCUGCCGCCGCCGUGGCGGCGUCAUGCACCGACCUAACCACUUCGCACCUGGCUCAACACCCCAGCGGCGUCGACGGCGGCAUUCUGGUGUCCGUCGGCCCUGGUGGGACGUACGGCAGUGACGACGGUGGCGCCGCGAGCUCGUCCAGGCGGGAGAAGGUAGUACUGACGGCGACUCUGGAGGACAAUUGA